CGCAGCUGCAGCAGGACGGCCGGCCGGCGGCUCGGGGCCGCGCGCCGGGAACCUCACGGGGCGGGCGGGCGCCGCACCCCGGCCUGGCCGCCUGCGCCCCGGGGAGGCCCCCUGCGCGCAACCGGACCAGCAGCAUGAGCAGCGGCUACAGCAGCCUCGAGGAGGACGCGGAGGACUUUUUCUUCACCGCCAGGACCUCCUUCUUCAGGAGAGCGCCUCCGGGCAAGUCCCGUUCCGGUCAGCCGGAUGUGGAGAAAGAGAAGGAAACACACAAUUACCUCAGCAAAGAGGAAAUCAAAGAGAAAGUUCAUAAAUACAAUUCAGCCGUCACAGACAAGCUGAAGAUGACCUUAAAUUCAAACGGGAUCUACACUGGCUUCAUUAAGGUGCAGAUGGAGCUCUGCAAAGCUGCCCAGCCCCCUCCCAGCCCCAGUGGCGGUGGAUGUAUGAACACGCUGCACAUCAGCAGCACGAACACCGUGGGAGAGGUGAUCGAGGCCCUGCUUAAGAAGUUUCUGGUGACCGAGAGUCCCACCAAGUUUGCGCUUUAUAAGCGUUGUCACAGGGAAGACCAAGUGUAUGCCUGCAAGCUCUCCGACCGGGAACACCCGUUGUACCUGCGUUUGGUAGCAGGGCCCAGAACCGACACGCUUAGUUUCGUUCUUCGAGAACACGAAAUUGGAGAGUGGGAAGCCUUCAGCCUUCCAGAGCUGCAGAACUUCUUGCGUAUCUUGGACAAGGAAGAGGACGAGCAGCUGCAGAGCCUGAAGCGGCGCUAUACAGCCUACAGGCAGAAGCUGGAGGAAGCGCUGGGUGAGGGCUGGAAGCCCGGCUAAGGCAGAGGGCUCUUCCUGCCCGGAAGGCACAGCUCAGGACGCCUGAGAGAGCCGCAUCGAUUGCCUCUCUUCUCGGAGAGCUGUCUUCAUGCCCCGCCAUGCGAGGGCCUUCCUUUUUUCUCUGUAGACACAGUUCUCAAAGCCUGGUCACGCAGCAUCCUGCGCCUCACAAAUUGGCACAAGGGACUCCACAAGCUUGUUCUGUUAUGGCAUGGCGAUGUUACCUCUUGCGAGCUGUGAGCCUGUGUCAUCAGGCGUAUCCUGGAGUGCUCGGGAGCACGGACUCUGUCUGGGUCGAUGCUCCCUGUUUUCUUCUCGUUACUUUACUGAUGUGAUUUCGGUGAGCUUCCGGCUGUGGAAAAUAAGCUUUACAGCUAAGCAACCUCUGAGUCCAUGUCCUACGGUGAAACUACCUGCUUGGUUUUGUUCUCUGUCAGAGCAGUCUACCCACAUGAACUGAUGGACACAGGAGUUCAGGAACUCUGGGGGAUCGGGAAAAGAUUUUGGAAGAGUUUUGACAAAGAAAGUGAAGAGCAUGUCGGGAAGGUAGAGGGAAGGCGAGGGCCCAGGGCUUGGGGACGUAGCGUGGCUUCUAAGUUAGUAUUAGAGGAGAAAGACGUGUUUGUCUGUAGAGGAGCUAAAAGCAUUCAGGGUCAGUGCUGAGCUCAGUUAAAGAUUGCUUAAUUUGCUAGUGGUAAAAUGUGGGGUCAGAGCCAAAGAGCCAGGAGCUAAGUCUAAAGGAGGGAGGAGGGGUCCAUGAACUGCAGCUGACCUGUAAUGGAUAACCUUCACCGAGGUGGUCCGCAGGUAGGCUUGCCUCAGCUGGACCUGAUCUGUGCAUCCGUUCGGGGACCUGCUGGCGCGGAGCGGAUGGCCUGGGGUUUAGCUGCUCUAUGGAGGUGGGGCCUGACCAUGUGCUGAUUCCUGUUAAUGUAGGUCCCCCCCCAACCCCCCCCCCCCAGAGGUUGCUCUCAGAGUUAAAAAGGAGUUUGGGUAAGGGCAGCUGCUUCCCCUCAGCUGUUAGCUAGGAGAUGAAGCAAGGCCAGGGCUCACAGCACACUUUGUGACAAUCACCCCCUUCCGUUAUUCCGCCCUUUUUUUUCCCUGCCCCCUCACCCUUUUGCACCCCGCCCCCCAGCCCCAAUCACUCUUCAAAGUUGUUCUUAUGAAGUAGAAGACAGGGAUGUUGAUUAAAGGCCAGGUCCUACUGCAUCCUUGCCUCUUCAGAGACCUAACUAAGGGCCCCAAGGAAGGAAAGUCAACACCCAGCUGACCGCACAACAGGCCUUCAUCAUGGAAGGAAAGUCCACACCCAGCUGACAGUACCACAGGCCUCAUUAUGGAAGUAUUUUAACACAAGUGUGCAUGUUCCUUCCAACCAAAGAGACGCGUGUGCAAUAGACAGGCGCGAUGGCCUCGCUUCCCACAGCAGCCUGCAAAUUGGAGAGCGGUGGGCACGGGGUUCCGCGCUUCCGGAGGGGCCUUCCGGUUGGUCUGUCUCUAGUCUAAAUAGAUUUUGUUGUUUAUAAAUUCCCAAGGAAUUGUUAACGCGGUGACACCUGAUGGAAUCUUUUGGAAAUUCCGAGGUGCUCCUGCUCUUUGCCUCUCUAUGAACCGUGCCUUUGAUGGAGACUCUGUCCCUCCACGGUGGCUCUCCCGUAGGAGGCAGACCCAACUGUGGGUUACGCUAUGCAAGCUCCCGAGACAAUCGGAUCUUCUAAGCUAUUAGGAUGAGUUGGGGGGAAAAAAGUAGAGCUAGCUAUAAAAUAUAAAUGGCACCUCCUGUUUAAUUUUGCAUGUGAUUUCUUUUUCGUGCAUCAGUGAGGCUUAGUGACAUUGUCAUCCGACACGCCGCCUUUGUUGUUCAGGGAAUGCCUCCGUGGUUCUUGUACUGGUCUUACUCUUCAGACUAUGGCUUGGGUUUGUGUCUGCUGCCACCAGCCACCUGGUCUUCUAAUUACUCCUCCAGUGUCCUCAGCGUUUGUGAGGCGUUAGUUUCUCAGAUUGAGACACUGUUAGAACCUAAAGUAGCAGCUGAUGGGUAUCUGUGAAUUUUUUUUUUUUUUUACUUGAAGUAGACUGUAUGAAACAGCACCCUCCUCUGUAUUCAUCCAAACCUCGCUCCGUGGCGUGUGCACUGCACCUGGAGACUCGGAAGUGUCACUGUGUUGAAGAUCUGGCCGUCCUGAAGACUGAUGUUCUCUCCCAGACACUGGCAGCAGCAGGUUUUCAGAGCACAAAGGAAGAAAAAAGCCCCAGAGGCCAAAGAUCUUUUUUUUUUUUUUUUUUUUUUUAAAGCAGUGUUCAGAUCCUUCGGUAAAACAAAAACCAAGCGUUGCUGUAAUACUGUUUUCUCUUCAGAAUGUGAUGGUACAGGAACGGUGUUGAAGGAAGGGGGACUGCAGGGAAGCUUUUUAAAUCUAAAGUUAAAAGCUAUAUUUAUAAUGUUGAGGACUUUUAAGUUUUAUUUUUAUAGGGCAGAUUUUUUUUUUCUCCCCUGAAAUUGUGUCUGGAAUGGCAAAAAUUGUUUCUAUUAUUAAAAAAACUGAAGUUGUUAGUUGA